AUGCUCGCCAUCUCCGCUACACCAUCAUCUUCAUCUUCAUCGAAUGCCUCCACGACCACGACCACUCCAGAGAAGCACCAUUUCUGGCUGCGCGCCGAGGCAAAGAAGAACGAACGGCGCUCCAUCUUGUUGCCGGAGCACGUGGAGCGGCUCCUCCAGGCCGGCCACCACGUCACCGUCGAACGUUCGCGCCUGCGCUGUGCUCCCGACGCCGAGUACCAGCGCCUCCUCAAGGAACCUCUCCGGCGGCAGCGGCUGCGGGAAGUUCCGUUUCUCGUGUGGCGGGCGUUCCCGUUAUCUCACGAGCCUGACGCGGUGGAGGAGGGGUCGUGGAAAAAGGCUCCGCGCGAUGCCAUCAUCCUGGGCCUCAAGGAACUGCCCGAGGAUGACGACCCGAUCAAGCACAAGCACGUCUACUUUGCGCACGUGUUCAAGGGCCAAAAUGGAGCCGAGAAGGUCCUCAAGCGAUAUGCCAAGGGCGGCGGCAAGCUGUGGGACCUCGAAUUCCUGGUCGACGACAAGGGCGCCCGCGUUGCCGCCUUCUCGGGCGCCGCCGGCAAGGUGGGCAUGGGUCUGGCGUUCGCCGUGUGGGCUCACCAGAAGCUCACCGGGAGGCCCUACUCGCUCCCGCCGCUCAACACGCCCUACGACUCCUUCGCGCACAUGGCCCACCAGAUGCGGGAGCUGCUCGACCAGGUGCUCUCCCGCCUCUUCCCGGCCAAGGCCAAGGUCGGACACGACCCCAGCGUCAUCGUGGUGGGGUCCCGAGGCCGCUCCGGCAAGGGCGCCGUCUCCUUCUCGGAGAGCGUGGGCAUCAAACCGACAGAGUGGGGCCGAGAGCAGACGGCCAAGGGUGGGCCGUUCCCGGAGCUGCUGAACUACGACAUCCUCAUCAACGCCAUCUACCUUCUGCCCGAGGUCAGACUGCCCGCCUUCAUCACUAAGGGCAUGAUCGACCACACUCCCGACAGGUCCGCUCCAUUCACCCUCCACAAUCCCUCUCUCGCCUUCAAGAGCGGCAUCCCCGUUCUCGGCAUUGUCGUCGUCGUCAUCAUCAUUGUUAUCAUUCUCAUGAUGCAAUCGUCGGUCGGUCGGAAGCUGUCGGUGUUCUCCGACGUGAGCUGCGACGUGACGAAUCCCCACAGCGUGUUCCCCAUCUACGACCACCUGACCAGCUUCGUCCACCCGACCGAGUGCGUGGCCGAGCAGCCCACGCCCCUCGAGGUCAUCGCCAUCGACCACCUCCCGUCCCUCGUGCCCCGAGAGAGCAGCAAGGAGUUCGGCGAUCUCAUCGUGGAGCACAUCCUCCAGUUCGAUCAGACGCCCGUGUGGAGCCGAGCGCUGAAGUUGUUCGACGAAAAGGUGCAGCCCUUCCUGCCCCCGUCCCCGAGAGCCGCGGCAUGA